AUGGCGGCGGGGCUGCGGGAGCCCAGCCCAGGUCACCUUGUAAUGGAAGACAGUGGAGCUGACCAUGAUAUUGCUAUGGAAGGAUCUAACGAUUUGCUCAUAGGCAGCUGUAAUGGUACAGGAGAAUCAGAAACAAAUGAUCAGAUUUUUCAGCAACUAACGUACAUGGAUUCCAGGGAUCUAUUGUUUGGCCAGAGCGACUCUCCCCCAGCCCUGCCCAUCACAGUCCCCCUCUCGGGCAGUCCUCCUGCAUCGGUUGUGCCGGCGCGGCUGCCCCAGCCACGGUCCCACUCUGCCGAGGAAUUCCACCUGGCAGAGCAGCCCAGGCAGCCGCUGUGUGAGCUGCAGCCCCUGGGAGGCCCCAGUGCACCCAUGAUGAUUGUUGCCAGCCAGUCAGAAAAUGGACAGGUGCUGCAUGUCAUUCCUUCUGCCCAGCCAGGAGUGACCCAAGUGAUUAUUCCUCCAGGUCAGCUUCUGGAUGUGACCAGCACGCAGGAUAUUUCAGAAGAGAAGUGUGGUGAUGGGAACCUGCAGACUGUGGUGGUGGCUUCUAUAGCAGACAAUGCAAGCAGUUACAUUCUACAUCCACAGACAUCUCUCACCGUUUCAAAAAAAACAGCCACCAGGGUAGUGGAAGAUUCUUUUCCCAUCCCUCUUCAGCCAUUGCCACUAGAUACGCCUGCAUGGGCGCGCUGUCUCAGGAACUGUGAGAGAAUUGGGGAUUCGUACCGCGGCUAUUGUGUGAGCGAGGCAGAGUUAGAGAGCGUUCUCAUGCUACACAAGCAGCAAACACAGAGUGUGUGGGGGACGCGCCAGUCUCCAAGCCCAGCCAAACCCGCCACACGGUUGAUGUGGAAAUCUCAGUAUGUCCCAUAUGAUGGGAUCCCCUUUGUCAAUGCAGGAAGCAGAGCCAUUGUAAUGGAGUGCCAAUAUGGGCCAAGGAGGAAAGGAUUUCAGCCCAAAAAAGCUGGUGAGCAGGAAUGCACCUCUAGCCAGCUGUACAAAGCCACUUGUCCAGCAAGGAUCUAUAUUAAAAAGGUUCAAAAGUUUCCAGAAUACAGGGUUCCUACUGAUCCUAAAAUUGACAAGAAAAUAAUAAGAAUGGAACAGGAGAAAGCAUUCAACAUGCUGAAGAAGAACUUGAUAGAUGCUGGUGGUGUCCUCAGGUGGUAUGUACAGUUGCCUACUCAGCAAGCCCACCAAUAUCAUGAAAUGGAAACUUCCUGCCUCCCUCCUUCACCAUCCCAUCUUUCUACGUCUUCUCCUGAGGAGGAGGAGGAAGUCAUUAGAGAUGAGAACAGUACUCUGCCUUCUCGACUUCAUCCUCAAGUGGCAGACAAGAUCCGAGAACUGGUGUCUCAGGGAGUAGAGCAGGUCUAUGCAGUGAGGAAGCAACUAAGAAAGUAUGUGGAAAGAGAAUUGUUCACACCUGAUGAAGUGCCAGAAAGACAUAACCUGUCCUUCUUCCCCACUGUGAAUGACAUCAAGAACCACAUUCAUGAAGUGCAGAAGUCCCUAAGGAAUGGAGAGAUGGUGUAUAAUUCAGAAAGUAUCCCAGCAACACUGCAAUGGACCACAGACAGUGGGAAUGUCCUCACAGAAACAGUGACUGUUGCAUUUGCCUCACCACCUUCAGAUGGGAGCUCGGGAGUGGAGUCAGUCAUCACCAAAGCAGAAUCCAGCCAGAGUGGGGAGUCCUUGAUACCAGAAACAGCUCAGCUCUUGUCUUCACUCUCUUCACUUCAGCCCAAGAUAUUUGCACAACUUCAGGGAUUACAGUUGCAGUCAGCAUUUACCUCAACAAAUGGAUCAACAGCCCUGCUAGCUGUAAAUAACCAUUCCCCUCCCAGCCCUGCAGGUCUCCUGGAUUCCCUGGGGGGUGCAAUAGGCAGCCAUUCUCUAGCACUGAGUCAGGGGCAGAGUCUGCAAGCAGGUGCUGGCCUAACACAGGACAGUGCUGCUGCACCUGCUUUUGGGGCUCUGCCUGGCUCUGAUCAGAGUCUGGUUGCCAUGGGCCAGCUGGUACCAGCUGAAGGGGUGGAUGACUCCAGAGGCCUGGAAGGAGGAAUGCAUCAAAUUCUCUUGGGAGAUGUGCAUACUAUUCCAGUACGGAUUGUGGACAACCAGCCAGCACUUACUGAAGAAAAUACAGAGAGUGUUGUUACUUGUGUGAGCCAAGUUAAACAAGAACCAAAAGAAAAAGCGUUGUCUAUGGAAACAGAUAAAAUCAGAGACUGCCACAGUUCCUCACCAUAGUUCUUCACCUUCACCUGUGAAGCCUGGAAGGAUUUUUCAAAUUGGAGAACUCUAAAUGUCUUGGAAGGAAAGGCAGGUGCUCUCAAAGUACUGCCAUUCUUUUUUAAUUGUUAUGACAUUCAGACUAAGCAUAUUUUAGGGUGCUGCUGACAGAAAGCUGUUUUUGUUUGACUGAUGUGGCUCACUGCCAACUCCAGGUCAUUCAGUUGCCCCAUGGAACACCACCUCUCUCUUCUGUUUCAAGUUUUGAGUAAUUUGGAUUCUAUCCAAAUGGCCCAUUUUGUUCAUUGUUUCUGAAGGUCUUCCACAAUUUAAUUCCUUGGCUUUAGAAUGUGAAUCACAAUGCUGGGUUCACAUUUUCUGCUUGAGACCCUUGACUCUUAUUGUACUACAGAGACCAUAGAAUCUGUCAGCUCCAAGAUCACAGAAUCCAACAGCAAAGUGGAUCAGUAUGGCAAUGGUUUUGUGACAAAAGAAAGGUCCAGAAUGCUAAACUUCAAAGUGAUAAAGGACAUGGAUGCUUAAGAAAAUGCAGCUUUGACCUGAUCAUAAUGUUAAUGGUGUGAAGAUCAAGGAGAGGAGAAAGCUCAGUAUCUGCCCAAAUGUCUCUUCCUUCACACUUAAGGCUUCCACAGAAAUCCCAAGCCCUCAGGCCCUCCAAUUCUCAGUGUUUCACUGUUGGACUGUUGAAGGAGCUGCUGAGUUCACUGCACAGAAGUUCUACAAGCCUUCAAGGAACAUGGAGAGCAUGAAGGUGUGUAAGAUCUUAUGAGAGGACCUGCAGGAAUGAAACAGAGGAGAUUCAAGUUUGAUGGCAUGACUUCUAUGUAAUGCACUUUCUUUGGUGGGAGGAAGAAGAUUUUCCAAUAGAGAAUAAAAAACAUGAAGCAUUCCAAACUAUCCCUCAAAACCACCAUGCUCAGAGCCUGAAAGGUUUGGCACUUUUCUUCCUCUGUAGGUCGUCUUCCAUCUGUGCUGUGUUCAGUGUCUUGCAUCUAAAACAGAAUCCACAGUUAAUACCUAUCCCAUUACAUGAAGGUACUUUUUCAUUUGCAUAAUCUACCUGGUCACUUGACAGCAUGUCAGUAACAAUAUCUGCAAACUACCUUUUGUUGAUUAACAUCAGUCGCACAGUUCUAGAUGUGGCAGAUUUUCUUUGUGCAUGGACUUUGCAUUGGUUUAGUGAUACCAGUGGUGUCAAAAAUAGUCAAGUCUCAUGAACUGAGAGCCUUCUCUUGUGGAUUUGAUCUUGAUCUGAGCUCUGUCUGAGCUAGGGACAAAUUCUGAGGCUAUGCCCUUGUGUUCUGCAGUGCUUGUUGAGCAGAAGAAAAAUCUUCCAACUCCCAAGGACAGCUGCAUUUGUUUUUCUGCCUGAUGCAAAGCUGCUCCUAUUAAUCUCUUGAAAAAUGGCUCAUGGAAUUCUGCUUUCUUGCUUAAGGGAAGAUAAAGUCUCUGUGUAUGAAAACUUGGUGGAAAAUGUACAGAGAGUUGGGAGCGCCUAGAACAGUCGCCCUCAAGUGUACUGAAUUUAGGAAUAGGAGCUGAUAGAAGGAAUAAGCAACUGAAGAAUAUCAUGAUGAAAGUAGGCAUUCUUGCUCUUUACAUAGCAUUGCCCUUACACAAUAAUGUUCUUAAAUAUGUUCCUUGACAAACAAUGGUCAGCAGUGAGAAGAAAACAAAUCUCAAUUUCUCCCCACUGCCACAGUUUAACAGUGCAAAUUAAUCACAAGUUGGGCCAAAAAACCUAUCCUAGAUCUAAGUUCAGUUUUGCUUUGCAGGUCACUGUUAAGUUACAUAAAUUUAACUUUUUUGCAUAGCUGUUUCUUUUAAAGCUAAAAUUAAGUGUGAAAGAGAAUUGGAAAUUUUGUUUCUAACAGAGGACACUUCAGUUGUCGGAAGUGUGCAGGUGUUUCCCCCUUGUCUUCCACUUUUAUCUCUUAGUUCAUUUGCUGUUUUCUCAAGAUCACUUACCUCUGAGAGUACUCCAGAUUACUGUCAAGAGACCAGAGCAGAGAACAGAAGAGGAAGACAAGUUUGCAAAAGAACUGCUUGCGGGAGAUAGAAAGCUCUCAAAGUUACAGCUGAAGAUUGCAAUUUCUUAUGGCUGAAAUGGCUCACUUUAUAUGUGCGCUGGUUAUCUUCUGAAUGCAAACUGGUCUGAUAACUCCAUGGUUUUGGCUGUUGACAAAGCUGUUAUCACAUCUGAGGUGUUCUGUACGUGGAAGGAGAUGGAGGAAGUGGGAACCUUCUUGACAUGACUUCUACUGAGAACAGAUGAUCUGUGGAAAGAGGGCUUUACCAGUUAAAAAUCAAUAUCCUCACAAUAAGUUGGUGGGUGUACAGGUUUUUCAUGUCAGGUGCUAGUGCAUCUCUAACUUUGCACAUAAUACAAGACAUAAAAUUACCUCUCACUGGCCUAGCCAGUGAGACAACAGUGCAACAGAGCCAGCCUAGACAACGGUGUCGUCUCCUACCACUGUAGUCAUUGCUUUUUGGGAGUGGGGAAAUCGUUUUAACAUGUUCUGAUUUUCCACUUUUCUGUCUUUCUCCUGUUGCCUCUUUCUCAUACCCAGAGAGCACAGAAACAAAUUUCUCAUUUAAAAAAAUUUUUCUAUCCUCAGUUUCCCAUGUUUUGGGGUUUCCUCUUUGCUUUAUUGUGCUGGAGUUUGUUAAAUGAUUGAAAUGUAAGAUAUCAUUGCAUUUUGCUUAAGGAGUGGGAAAUACCGGGGUGAGCUCCACUGCCCCCUUCACUCCAGAAGUCCUCAGAGGAAGCACCUGCCACAGGUUCUGCUCCUGCACCUGCAUUUCCACCCAGGCCAGCAGAAAUGCAAAGCUGUGCUGAUGCCAGCAGUGUCUUGCACUUUGUAUACCAGCAUGUUAUCAGUACCAAGUUACUGCUGUGAAUCCAGAUCAGUCUGUGGGUUUGCCCCACUGUAUCCCCACAAAUGACUCUUUGGGAACAACUUGAAAGAGAGCACAGGAGAUGGCCAGGAAGUUCUUAAUGUUCAACUUUUGAGUUUGUGCUUGUGUAUUGAGUUCAGGUGCCCUGAUGUUGGUGGCCCUGUGCAGGACAGAGCUGGUUCCAGGCAGCUCUCAAUGGACUUGCCACAGGACACAGCUGAGCAUAUUGGUGAAGCUAGAGCACCUCUGUGGAGGUGUCUUCAAGGACAAAAUGCUGCAUGGUGGAGAGGGGUGAGGCAGAAGGUGAAAACAGUCCUCUCAGCACCACAGUCAGAGAAGGAGAGGGAGGAAUUGCUGCAGGUGCUGGAGCAGGUGUUUUCCCUGCAGACCACAGAGGAUCACAUGCCAGAGUAGGUGCAUAUUUUUCUGAAGGAACUGCAGUCCAUGGAGAGGAGCCAUGCCAGAACAGGUUUCUGCUGAAGGACUGCAGCCUAUGGAGAGGACCCAUGAUGGAGCGACAGAAAGAAGCUGUUACAGACUGACUGCAAUGCCCAUAUUCCUCUUUGCCUUGUGCUGCCUUGGACAAGGGGAGACAGAGAGGUUGGGGGUUCAAAGUGUGAAGUUGAGCCCCGAGGAAAGAGGGCAACAGGAAGGGAAUGUGCUGUUUUAAUUUUAUUUUGUUUCUCAGUGUUUUAAUCCAUUUUAAUUGACAAUAAAUUAAAUUAACUUUCCUCA